CGAAACACCUCUCUCUCUCUCUCUCUCUCUCUCUCUCUCUCUCUCUCUCUCCCAGUGAGAAAUAGCUAAAGCGUCGAAGCGAAUAGAAAAAGAAGAAGGCAAUGUUCUUUGCUUUUGAUUCCAAAGCCAUGUGAGCUAUCUGACACAUUCGCUUCAUUCUUCUACUUCUUCUACUUCUGCUGCUGCUGCUGCUGCUGCUGCUGCUGCUUUUUUGUAUUGCUUUUGUGUUUCUUUGCGCGAAUCACCGACUCAGUGAUUCGAAGCAAUGGCCUCGUCCUCGCGAGCGAGGAGCAGCUCGCCAUUCUCGUACCGCAAGCCAUCGACGCCGUACGCGUCGUCAACGUCGUCGUCUUCAUCCUUCAUGAACGGACGUAUCGUGCCGCGUUCGUGUUCGUCCUCUGCGGCGUCGUUUUUCAACUCGGGCGGUGGACUCGGGUCCCGAUCCAUGACCCCGAGUCGGAGCCGCUCGGAUUCAAUGCACUGCGGUCCACGGGGGUACAGUAGUCCCUCGCCGGUCGGGUUCGCAGCGGAGGAGUUAAUUGCCGAUCCGGUCGAUGUGCCGAAGUCCGGGGAUAGCAUUUCGGUGACGAUUCGGUUCAGGCCGUUGAGUGAGAGGGAGUACCAGAGAGGGGACGAGAUCGCGUGGUACGCGGACGGGGAUAAGCUUGUGAGGAACGAGUAUAAUCCAGCUACGGCUUAUGCGUUUGAUAGGGUUUUUGGACCACAUACGGCUUCGGAGGAAGUGUAUGAAGUAGCGGCUAAUCCUGUAGUCAAGGCUGCCAUGGAAGGCGUUAAUGGAACCGUUUUUGCCUAUGGUGUUACAAGUAGUGGGAAGACACACACUAUGCAUGGAGAUCAUCAUGCUCCAGGUGUUAUACCACUGGCUAUAAAAGACGUUUUCAGCAUUAUCCAAGAUACUCCAGGAAGAGAGUUCUUACUCCGUGUGUCAUAUCUUGAAAUCUAUAAUGAGGUGAUAAAUGACUUGCUUGAUCCAACAGGUCAGAAUUUGCGUGUUAGAGAAGAUGCACAGGGAACCUAUGUUGAGGGUAUAAAGGAAGAAGUUGUAUUGUCUCCUGGGCAUGCACUUUCUUUUAUUGCUGCCGGGGAAGAGCAUCGUCACGUUGGAUCAAAUAAUUUCAAUCUGUUUAGUAGCCGAAGUCACACCAUAUUUACACUGAUGAUUGAAAGUAGCGCCCAUGGUGAUGAAUACGAUGGAGUGAUCUUUUCUCAGCUUAAUUUGAUUGAUCUAGCCGGAUCUGAGAGCUCGAAAACUGAAACAACUGGGCUGCGGAGGAAGGAAGGAUCUUACAUAAACAAAAGCCUUCUCACCCUUGGAACGGUUAUUGGAAAACUGAGUGAGGGGAAGGCAUCUCAUGUUCCUUAUCGAGAUUCUAAGCUUACCCGCCUUUUGCAAUCUUCACUGAGUGGGCAUGGACAUGUCUCUCUUAUAUGCACAGUAACUCCUGCAUCAAGCAACAUGGAAGAAACUCAUAAUACCUUGAAGUUUGCAAGCAGGGCAAAGCGAGUGGAAAUCUAUGCCUCACGUAACAGGAUUAUCGAUGAAAAAUCUUUGAUUAAGAAGUAUCAAAGAGAAAUUUCAAGCCUCAAACAAGAACUUGAUCAUCUAAGGAACGGGGUGCUUGCUGGUGUCAAUCAUGAGGAGCUUUUGACCUUAAAGCAAAAGUUGGAAGAAGGUCAAGUGAAAAUGCAAUCAAGACUGGAGGAAGAAGAGGAAGCCAAGGCUGCUCUAAUGAGUAGAAUCCAGAGACUAACCAAGCUCAUACUUGUCUCUUCAAAGAAUACCAUUCCUGGAUGUUUGAGUGAUAUUUCCAGUCAUCAAACGAGGCACUCUGUUGGUGAGGAUGACAAGUUUGAUGCUUUGCGAGAGGGUUCUGUGCUUCAAGAAGGUGAAAAUCAGAAGGAUUCUGUGUCAUCUGUCUCCGCAGUGUCAGUCGAUGCACCUUAUGAUUUUAAACACAGGAGAUCUUCUAGCAAGUGGAAUGAAGAACUCUCACCAUCUGGCAGUACGAUUACUGAAUCAAAUCAAGCGGGUGAACUUAUCAGUUGUUCAAAACUGCCAACGGGAGGGAUGACAAUGUCAGAUCAUAUGGACCUUCUUGUUGAGCAAGUCAAGAUGCUUGCCGGGGAAAUUGCAUUUGGCACCAGCACUCUUAAGCGUUUGGUAGAGAUGUCCGUAAAUGACCCUGAUAGCUCAAAAACUCAGAUUCAAAACUUGGAACGUGAGAUCCAAGAAAAGAGGAGGCAAAUGAGGGUCUUAGAGCAGCGUAUCAUUGAGAGUGGUGAGGCUUCAAUUGCUAAUGCAUCAUUGGUUGAAAUGCAGCAGACGGUUAUGAGAUUGAUGACCCAGUGUAAUGAGAAGGGUUUUGAGCUGGAGAUAAAAUCAGCAGAUAAUCGUAUCCUCCAGGAGCAGCUGCAGAACAAGUGUACAGAGAACAAGGAAUUGCAGGAAAAAGUGAAUAUCCUUGAGCAGCGUUUGGUCUCAGUCACUGGUGAUAAAUCGUCAAUCUCUUCGGAACAGUCUGUAUCUGAAGAAUAUACUGAUGAGUUGAAAAAGAAAAUACAGACUCAGGAGAUUGAGAAUGAGAAACUUAAGCUGGAGCAUGUUCAGCUUUCAGAGGAGAACAGUGGAUUACGUGUGCAGAAUCAGAAAUUGGCUGAAGAAGCUUCUUAUGCAAAAGAACUGGCCGCUGCUGCUGCCGUUGAGCUAAAGAAUUUGGCUGGUGAAGUGACGAAGCUCUCAAUACAAAAUGCAAAAGUAGAAAAAGAGUUGUUGGCUGCUCGAGACUUGGCCCAUUCUAGAAGCACUGCUUUGCAAACUGUGAAUGGUGUCAACCGCAAGUUCAAUGAUGGAACAAGAGCUGGAAGGAAAGGGAGGCUACCUGGCCGUGCUAAUGAAAUUUAUGGAGUGGAUGAUUUCGAGUCAUGGAAUCUUGUUCCAGAUGAUUUAAAGAUGGAACUGCAGGCAAGGAAACAGAGGGAGGCAGCACUUGAGGCUGCCUUAGGUGAAAAGGAAUUCAUUGAAGAUGAGUAUAGGAAAAAGGUUGAAGAGGGGAAGAAAAGGGAGGAGGCUCUGGAAAAUGAUUUGGCGAACAUGUGGGUGCUUGUUGCUAAGUUGAAGAAAGAGGGGGGAGCUACCCCUGAGUUGAGCACUGAUGAGAGGCAUAGUGAAGGAACAGAAUAUAUUAAUGAUCCAAAAACAAAUGAAAUUGAAACCAAUACUGUCCUCAAAGAGAGACAAGUUUUGGAUGUUUCAAAACCAGCUGAUGAAAUUUCUAAGGAAGAACCCCUAGUUGUUCGCCUGAAGGCACGAAUGCAAGAGAUGAAGGAAAAGGAGUUGAAGCAUCAAGGAAAUGGAGAUGCCAAUUCCCAUAUUUGUAAAGUAUGUUUUGAAUCACCAACUGCAGCAAUUCUUCUCCCCUGCCGCCACUUUUGUUUGUGUAAAUCUUGUUCGCUAGCUUGUUCUGAGUGUCCACUUUGUCGCACAAAGAUUGCGGAUAGACUUUUUGCAUUUACUUCAUGACAUACUGCUUUUUAAACCUCCAAAUGAAGGUUUGUCAUCACUUUAUAUGCUUUGCUAUUUUCCGUGCAAAUACGGUGCGAUUCUUUUAUUAGUUUGCCUGUUUGUAACUAUCCAAAAGGUAUAUGCAUAUUUUCUUUUUAUAUUGGUUCUCUAAAGGCUGUAAAAUAAGAGGGAAACAGUUGAAAAGAAAGACAAAAGCGAGAUAAGAACGGUAAAAUUUGAAGUUUCAGAUGCAGGAUCUUGCUUGGUUUUUCAGCAAGUAACGCAAUGUUGUUAUCUGUCUAAACUCAUUACCUUGUAUAUAUAAACAAUGUUAGCUUCCAUAAGGAAGCCUUUUUUUUCCCCUUGCAAUGGCAAACUGUGUAGUAUUUGCUUA